AAAAAAAAGAAAAAGAAAAAGAAAGAAACCCGUGAUGAUGGCGCCCACUGAGACGGAGGCAAACUGACGGACUGAUCGACGCGCUAACAGGGGGCGUUCCCAGCGCGGAUCGUCUUCUAAUCUACACAGCACUGCGGAUCAUUUUUGUUUUAUUUUUCAAAUCAGCCGAUCAGAGACACAAGCAGCGCCACGGGUGACAAAGCAUCGCGCUGUGGGGAGAAGAGAGCAGGAUGGAUAGAUGCGUGAUUAGCCAGCAGGAGGUGCAAAGCUUCAUUGAGAGGUGCCUAACAACCGUGGGCGCCAAACCCCAUCAUGCUAGCAGCCUAGCCGAGGUGCUGGUGACCGCAGACUGCAGGGGGCACUAUAGCCAUGGACUCAACAGGAUGGAUAUGUACCUGAAGGACAUACAGACAGGAGUGUGUGCAGUGGAGGGCGAGCCUGUGGUGGAGAAGGAGAGCGCAGCCACAGCGCUGGUGGACGGGAACAACCUGCUGGGCCCAGUCGUGGGAAACUUCUGCAUGAAUCUGGCUAUCAGGAAGGCCAAAGAGGUUGGCAUUGGCUGGGUGGUGGCGCAUGGCUCUAACCAUUUUGGAAUUGCUGGUUAUUAUUCAAUGCAAGCCCUGAAAGAAAACAUGAUCGGUAUGUCAUUUACCAACACCUCCCCCUUGGUGGUCCCCACACGCGGUAAAGAGCGCACGCUGGGCACCAACCCGCUGAGCGUGGCGGCUCCGGCCGAACACGGCGACAGCUUUGUCCUGGACACGGCCACUUCAGCGGUAGCGCUCGGAAAGGUGGAGCUAAAUGAGAGGCGAGGCGAUCCGAUCCCUGAUGGAUGGGGGUGUGACCCGGAGGGACACGUAACAACGGACCCAAAGAGUGUUCUGACCGGAGGAGGACUGGUCCCCAUCGGUGGCAGUGAAGCCACAGGUGGCUACAAAGGUUACGGUCUUGGGAUGAUGGUGGAGGUCUUCUGUGGGAUCCUGGCUGGAGCCCAGUACAGCAAAUACGUCCGCACAUGGAAAGUCACCGACCGCGUCGCCAACCUGGGUCAGUGUUUUGUAGCAAUCAACCCAGAAAACUUUGCUCCCGGAUUCAACGAGAGAAUGUCGGAUCUGCUCUCCAUCCAGAGAGACCAGGACCCUGCUGAGCCGGGCUCGCCUGUUUUGGCUCCUGGAGAUCCGGAGAGGUUGAACAUGAAGAAGUGUGAGGAGAUAGGGGGAAUACCCUACCACAUCAACGUUGUCAAGUACAUAAACGAUUACGUGAAGAAAAUUGGCAUCAGCCAGCUGCUGCCAUGUGACAACGUCGUCUCCGUUUAGACGGUCAACCGUGGAUGUUAAGCUUUGUAAAUCUGUUGCUUCUACUCACUUUAACGCCAACGGAAGGAAACUUUAUAGGAACAGGGUGACAUUUUUAAAGCUACAAAGUAAAAAAUUAACAGCAAUAAUUUGGGUUAUUGAGACUGAUAGAGGAAAAAAUAGGGGUUCAUUUUUCAGUCAUACUUUCAUCAUGUUGGUCCAUUUAGAAAUGUCAGUUUCAAACUAGAAAAAUAAUUAGCAAGCUAAAUACUUAGCCUCAAAUAAAAUAUAUA